UUGAAGCGGACGGCGACGAGCUCUGCAUGCUGCGCUGCGCCCUUCUCACCGCCGCCAGCCCGCCAGAACGUCUCCUCCCCGUCUCUAGAGUGGCUCUUUCUUUCUCCGUCAAAUGGCUCUCGCGUGCGCCUCUCACGCGUGCCGCUUUCUCCUCGCCGGCCAGGCGAGAUCUUUCCACGCCCAGCCCUACCAUGCCAAGGUCGGCGUGGUGGAGUUCCUGAACGGCGUCGGGAAAGGGGUGGAGGCGCACGCCGCGAAGCUGGAGGAGGCUGUGGGCGGCGACCUCCAGAGGCUCCUUGAGGCCCGCACGCUGCGGCUCAAGAAGCUCGGCAUCCCCUGCAAGCAUAGAAAAUUGAUUUUGAGUUUUGCACACAAGUACCGUCUUGGUCUCUGGAAGCCCCAAGCAGAACCCAGGAAAGUUUAAAGUUGGUUCGUUCUUGAAAGAUAGUCUACUGUUGGACUGAGGCAUGUUUGGGACAUUGAAUAUUUGCUUUGUAAUUUAGAAACCUCAAACCUUUGUUCUCUGUCUCUAGCCAUACUUAUUUGCAACCAUUACGCAAAAAAAAAAGAUUCUAGAAAGAUUCCAACUUAUUGUGUGUGGGUUUGUUCCUUUUGUAAUAACAAAUCAUAAGGCUUUGUUGGUUUCA